CUUCCCAGAUCGAGGCGCAUUGACGUCAAUCGUUGUUUGUGAUUGGUCAUAACCUUUUCCGGUGAGGCAUCCAUCCAUCCGAGGACUGUGAGAAAGCCAGGGUAAACGGAGUAAAACACGUCGACAAACUCAUCGAAGCGACUCAGCAGGUCAGCAUGGCGUCCAGCAGUACGAGCAGUGAAGAAGAGAGGAGCUUGCGGGAGUGUGAGCGCUAUGUGCAGAAGCACAACAUCCAGCAGCUGCUGAAGGACUGCAUUGUGCAGCUGUGCACUAACAGGCCUGAAAGACCCAUGGCUUUUCUCAAAGAGUACUUCGAGAGGCUUGAGAAGGAGGAAGCGAAACAGUUGGUCAGCCAGCAGAAGUCGAGCUCUCGCUCAGACUCCCGUGAAGAUGAGGUUUCUCCUCCCAUGAACCCUGUGGUUAAGGGCCGGCGGCGCCGCGGGGCCAUCAGUGCAGAGGUCUACACUGAGGAAGACGCAGCAUCUUAUGUCAGAAAGGUUAUUCCUAAAGAUUAUAAAACUAUGGCUGCUCUUGCUAAAGCGAUUGAAAAGAAUGUGCUUUUUGCGCAUCUUGACGACAAUGAAAGAAGUGACAUAUUUGACGCCAUGUUCUCAGUCACUUACAUUGCAGGAGAGACUGUGAUUCAACAAGGGGAUGAGGGUGACAAUUUUUAUGUUAUCGACCAAGGUGAAAUGGAUGUGUACGUCAACAAUGAGUGGGUGACCAGUAUUGGAGAGGGUGGCAGUUUUGGUGAGCUGGCUUUGAUCUACGGCACUCCCAGAGCAGCCACUGUCAGAGCAAAGACCAACGUCAAGCUGUGGGGAAUCGACAGAGACAGCUACAGGAGAAUACUCAUGGGAAGUACUCUGAGAAAGAGAAAAAUGUAUGAGGAAUUCCUUAGCAAGGUCUCCAUUUUGGAGUCUCUGGAUAAAUGGGAACGGUUGACAGUUGCUGAUGCCCUCGAGACGGUCCAGUUUGAAGAUGGCCAGAAGAUUGUUGUGCAGGGUCAACCAGGAGAUGAAUUUUUCAUUAUCCUUGAGGGUUCGGCAGCAGUCCUGCAGCGGCGGUCGGAGAAUGAGGAAUUUGUAGAGGUUGGAAGACUUGCACCGUCUGACUACUUUGGUGAGAUCGCUCUGCUCAUGAACCGGCCUCGUGCAGCCACCGUGGUUGCUCGCGGCCCGCUGAAGUGCGUAAAACUGGACCGUCCGCGGUUCGAACGCGUGCUCGGCCCCUGCUCAGAUAUCCUGAAGCGAAACAUACAGCAGUACAACAGCUUCGUGUCUCUGUCGGUCUGAGGCGCACUAGGCUCUUUCCUCCUCUAUUGCAGGGUCCACCAAUGCAAAUCCGCUUUAUUUUCUUACUUUUCUUUAUGCAUUUUCCAACACCCAGGUGCCCAUUCACUUCAGUGUUCUCUCUCUCUCUCUAUCUGUUUUUUCGAUUUGUGCCGUACCCUGUCGCGUUCAUAUCCAUCCUAGAUUUACCAUAAGGCUGAUUGUUAGUUUUGCCUGAGAAACGAGCCAAUCAUUGUGCCACAGAUGCCUGUCAUGUGAACAGAUGUUGAACUAACAAGGUCUGUCAGGAUUGUCUCUUUCCUCCAAAUUGCUUCACGUUUCUGUAUAACAGUGUUUUGAAUGAAAGAAAAUCAGUGGCAGGGUUGACAGUCAUGUAGUGUAUCUAUUCAGUGUGUGAUGAUGUAUCUUAAUUGAGGCAUCGAGUUUCAAAAAUCAGUUUUCUCUCGCUCAUUUCAAGCAUUUGAGUAUAGGGAAGCCAAAGGCAUAAAUCCAUGUGUGUUAUGUUGUUUUAUUGGGGGUACUGAAGUUAAAAUGUCACCAUGUUUAUCGUGGUGAUUAGCUUUGCUCUUUUAUUGUUAUAGCUGCACAUAUAUAGUGUAUGUAAAUGAUUAUAUAUUAGAAGUAAAUGACCAUAACCAUAUUUUUUUGCACAGUUUGACAUCUAUAUACACGUGUGUGUGUGUGUGUGUGUAUGUGUAUAUAUACACAUACACACACACACUUUAUAUGCGCCUGCUGUUUUUCAUUGUGGCAUUUGAUCCCAUUUCAUUGGACUUUUUCCUUUUCUGUUGGAUGUUUUGUUCUCCCUUCAUCCUUCAUGCUACACAUAGGCUUGCACUGGACUCUUAUGUAGAACACAACAAGAUUUUAGACAAAUCUCCUUUUAAAGUUGAAUUUUGUUUAGCAUUUUCUCCCUUCUGAAAUGCCACCUUCUGCAAAUGCUUUUAUUUGUUUGUUUCCCCCACAAAAAGGUGACGUUAUCUUGUAUUCAACAUUGUGUUUAACUACAGAAAAAAAUUACAAAUUUUUGGUUUUGAUUUAAUUGUUAAGAAGAGUUCCAGAAAUGUAAUGGUUAAUGAAAUCUGACCGAGUCUGUGAGGAUCCUUGGUGACCACUUGGUGACCUCUUUAAUCAAGUGAAGAUCCCAUUAGGUUUUCUUUCUCGAUAAGACCUCGAUGUGAACUGUUUUGAAAUCCCAUAUGUCCCCCCCCCCCCCCAUCCCUUUCUUUCUUUCAACAGGGCAGGACUAAGAAAAAUAGUUUUAAAAUGAUCAGUGUCCUUUUUUGAUUGAGAUUUAGAUUAUUCUCCAAAGUCUUAAACAGGGACAGUAUUUACCACUUGUGUUGAGGUCAUGGUGUCUUAGGGUUAGGAUCCAUCAUAGAUCUGCGAUCCACUACUGCCACCAUCUUAAUCUCUUAUCAGAUAUUGUUCUUCGGGUUCUCUGAGUUGUGUUGUAUGAUUUUACUGGGUGGUACAAUAGUGUUAACUGUUGCUGAAGGUAGAUUUUAAUAGUCACACAGAGAAGCUAUUGUAUUAUUUGAAAACAGUUGAUGUGAAUUUUAAAUUAGUGUAUUUUUGUUUUCCACACAUCUUGUGUUAUGUAGUUAUACAGCUGUCCAGCUCCUUUAUACUGCAGACUCAAGCUAAUUUAGGCUUUGAAAAGUGCCUUAUUUCUUUACUUUCAUAGUGCAUAGCCAACAGACACUUCCUUGUAGUUUUUUCCCCUCCCAAUUCAAUUCAUAAUGUCAGCUUGUUACCUGUAUUAUCUGUAAACUACAAUAUUUUUUUUCAUCGGUAUAUACAGAUACCCUUAGCAGUGUCAUUUGUUUAGACUUGAAACUCCAGUAAUUAAGAGUUUAUUUAACUGAACUGUCCCAAAAUUGCUUUGUUAAUUAAAGAAAGGUGCAAGUGAACUGACCUAGAUUUUGUGUUUUUAUCCUCACGGUUUGACUUUGUCCUACUGACCACAUGGAGGAAUUGUUUUCUUUUUACUCUCUGACGCUUGAUUUAAGAGGCUUACUGCAUUGUCUCUGCAGUUUUCUGGGAAAAGAUGCUCAUUCACGGAUUCUGCCCCUUUGGACUGGAUUAUAAUUUCAGAAUCAGUCAAAUCUUGGUGCUGUAGCUUUAAAGACACAAUCUGCACACUUAAGGAUACGUAAAGAGUAGCCUUUGAUUAACCGUUCUACUGUCUUUUCACUGAGUGGUUUAUGCCUUAUGAUGGGGUUGAAUAAAUAAACAUGUUUAAGUUAUUUAUAUAGCCCUUAAUGUAAACUGUGACACCAUUUCUUAGGCAUAAAAUUGCUAAAUGGUGUACUUGUUAUUGCUCAUAUAUGCAUUGCUUUGUUCAUUUAACUUCAUUUGGCAGUGCGGAAUUGAUCAAAUGAACCAUACGUCUUUCCCUGUUUUCUGUAAAAUGCAUAAUUUAAACUUUCUUGUAAUUCACUCCCUUUUAUUAAUAAAUUAAGUGAUUUGUUCCACCUUUAAUUAAAUUUUCUGCUUACCUUUAUUAAGAUUUAUUAACAAUUUAUGGCCCUGUUUCUUGAAGAACAUUCACUGAUACGCUAGAAGUGAGUUUGUAUUACCACCCUUUUUAAGUUUGCUUUUCAUUCCCUGGUUGUGACUGCCAAUGGUGUUUUCUUCUGAAGUUUUCAGUGAAAUUGUGUUCUAGUAUGUACAGAGGAAUUGAUAUAUUUGCUCGUAGGCUUUGCCAUCAAGGCUUAGAGACUCCUGUUCAUCCAUUCUUCAGUUGGUUAAGCCCUCAGCACAGAAAGCUGUAAAAUGUCAGAGGACCAUUUUUCUAUUAUUCUUUUUCUAUAACUGUGUACGGUUUGAUUUCAUUGGAUGUGCUCCAGUUGUAAACCUUUUGGUAUAGAUUGUCCCGAUGGCAGGUCAAGCAAUAAAAUGAUUAAUUCUUGAA